CAGUGAGCUGGUAUGCUCUGAUCUCUCAGCAUCCCAUGUUCCCGCUCACUGUUUCAGUCUCACACAUUCUACUUUUUUGCUUUCUGCUUCACUCCUUCCACUUAUCUUCCUCACAUCUUUUUUAGGCAACAUUUAUUUUAACUUCUUACUACACUGUAAUUUUCUCAAGCGUGGAGAGAUAAGAGGAGAGCAGUGGGGUUGUUUUUGACUGAGAGUAACAACAGCAACAGAUGUUAAAUAAAAUUGCCUUUCUUGGUGCGAAGGAACACCGGCUAAGAUUUUUUUCAUUCCCUCUCAAGGGUGCCAAGGUUGUCCUGCAGAUAAUGAGGAUGACUGAGAAGCGCACACGUUGAGAUUUUAACACCGACAACGCAGAUGGACAAAUAACAACGGAAAAAGAAGAAUUGACACGACAAGGAAUUUAAAAGGAGAAAUUAUGAACACCACAGAACACCAUGGAUUGCUCCAAGGCAACCAUAACAGGAGCCAAACCUCAGGCAUUUUGCCACUUAACAAAGACUUAUCAGCUGAGGAGCAGGACUCACCAGCAGGAUGCUACGAACAACUGCUGAUUUCCACAGAGGUUUUCCUCACUCUGGGCAUCAUCAGCCUGCUGGAGAACAUCUUGGUUGUCGCUGCUAUAGUCAAAAACAAGAACCUUCACUCCCCAAUGUACUUUUUCAUCUGUAGCCUCGCGGUUGCUGACAUGCUUGUUAGUGUCUCCAAUGCCUCUGAAACUAUUGUUAUAGCUCUGAUCAAUGGGGGCAGCCUAACCAUCCCAGUUACGUUGAUCAAAAACAUGGACAAUGUGUUUGACUCUAUGAUCUGUAGCUCCCUCUUGGCAUCUAUCUGCAGCUUGCUGGCCAUCGCCGUGGAUCGUUACAUCACAAUCUUCUAUGCGUUACGAUACCACAACAUUGUCACCCUGCGAAGAGCAAUGUUGGUCAUCAGCAGCAUCUGGAUGUGCUGCAUUGUUUCCGGCAUCCUGUUUAUCAUCUACUCAGAGAGCACCACUGUGCUCAUCUGUCUCAUCACCAUGUUCUUCACCAUGCUGGUGCUCAUGGCAUCGCUCUACGUUCACAUGUUCCUGCUGGCACGUUUGCACAUGAAGCGGAUCGCAGCGCUGCCGGGCAACGCGCCCAUCCAUCAGCGAGCCAACAUGAAGGGUGCCAUCACCCUCACCAUCCUACUUGGGGUGUUCGUGGUGUGUUGGGCACCCUUUUUCCUCCACCUCAUCCUCAUGAUCACCUGCCCAAGGAACCCCUACUGCACAUGUUUCAUGUCCCACUUCAACAUGUACCUCAUCCUCAUCAUGUGCAACUCUGUCAUUGACCCCAUCAUCUAUGCCUUUCGCAGCCAAGAGAUGAGAAAAACCUUUAAAGAGAUUUUCUGCUGCUCUCAUGCUCUCUUGUGUGUGUAAGCAGAUUUUUUUAGUGUCAGCAGAGCCAUGUCCCUGACGGCCACAAUGCAAACAAAAUGAAACUUGCCCAACAAGGUUUUUGAGGUUUUGAGAUGUAAUCAUUGUGGACUGAUGUGGCUCUGUGCUCUCGCAAUUACUUGUAAAUGUUUGAUAAGCAGGGCGCUCGCCUGUGGUUUUGUGAGUCAAUUUGUCGAAGAGGUAGGUUUACAAAUCCCUUGUAAAAAUGAGUAUUAUUGUGUAGACAAAUGCUAUUUUGCUUUGUAGUAAAUGCUGUUCUGAAGUGCAAUUUAAAGUAAGUGUUAACAGCAUGUAUACAAUUAAUACACAUGCUCAACCUGUGGUGCAUUUACAAAUGCUUUCUCUUUCUCUGUCUGAAAUCUUAUCUAUCUACCACCCUUUUCUUGCUGUUCACUGUAAAAAAAAAAAAAAAAAAACAUCUAAAAUACCAUGGUUGUCUCUACGAAACUGUAUAGAUUAGGACACUUAAAUGUCACAGCUGGCAAAACAUAGAAUCUAAAUGCCACAGUGCAUGUACUCUAUAUGACAUACUGGAUAUCUUGCACAGAUAUUAACAUAGUAUGACAGACUACCUCCAUGUUUGAGAGUGUAAUCCAUCGCAUAACAGAAAGGGUAUUUGCACACCGCAAGCAAGGAUACGUAUAUCUCUAGGAUAUACUUUUGUUUUGCAUUACAGUGAAUGUAAAGAAAUAGCUAACAGUUACUUUUCAUGAGAUAAAAUGAUGAGAUAAAAGAGGUUACACCUCACUGAUUACCCUCGAGUAAAUAUCCUGUUAAGCUAUAGUGUGCUUUUAUGAUUUUCAGCAAGUUUGAAAUUUUCUUCCUUUGUUAAAAGGAUAAGAGCACUGAGAAACUAGAUUCUUCUGGAAACAACAGCACAAAAAUACCUAAUUUCCGCUCUUUGCUGACCGCUGCUUAUAAUAGCCCACUCAACGUAGUAACCACAGACCGUUUUCUGAUGGUUUUGCACAAUAUUUAUUAAGAUCCAAAAUGCAGUUUGGUACAGAUGUAAAAUCCCUUACUGAAUUAAAAGGGUAAAGACAUAAAAGGCUACAUAUUUACAGUAAGAGUAAAUAAAUAUAUACCAUCAGUACAGAAUGUACUAAAACAAAUUACACAAAAGAUGUAGAAGAGAUUAUUUGGAGCAUAACUUUGAACUGUCAAAAUCAGGAAAAAUAUUAGUCAGCGUAUUUCUCAGGCACAAAAGAUGGCACUUUCUGGUUGAGAAUUUUUAUUUAUUUAUUUAUUUGCACCUACAGACAAAUGGAAAAACAAUUCAGGGUGGCCUAGAACAUUUCUUCUAGUGUGUAUUCCAAUUUGUUUGGCUCCAUUAUGGCGCGUUUACACCCUACCUGAUCAGGGAUGAAGUUUUUGUAGAUCCCUACCUCUGAUUACCCCUUUGAGUCAGGGCAGCAGAAAAGAGAGUUUUUAUCCCAGAGAUUAAGAGAAAGUCAUUUUAAUGUGAGCGCAUCAUGAUUUUCAUCUGAGCAAAUCGCUAAAACAGACUCUUCACAGACCUACUGUCAGUCCACUCGGACUCAUGAUACUGUAUCUUUUUAAUCAAAGCUCUUUGUGGUUUGUGGAUAUUUGUGUAAAUUUGCUCAUGUGGGUUGUUCUCACUCUCAGCAUGUACAUGUCAUAAUAUAGAGAUCUAUUUUUCAUCAUGUUUCUGCAACAGAUUUUACUGAAUGUAUUUUUAUGUGUAUGUGUUGUGUAACUUAUUGCUUUCUAUCCUUGCCUUAAAUAUGUUUCACUGUGAUGUAAAGAGCAACGAUAUCCUCUGUGACAGUAUUUCAGAAACUGAUUGAACUAAAUUGAGUCUUUAUAUGUAGGUAAAUGCUAUUUUUAAUAUUGCCUUAUUUAUUUAUGCCUUUUUAAACUUGAAGUGCAUAUCUAAGCUCAUAAAAUACACAAGAAAACUGAUGUAAACAGUUUUUUUCUGUUUAAAGCUUCGCCUGGAAUUUGAUUCAUGUGUGCUGAUAUGAAGGUGUUUGCUUGACUACCGUAUCCUCUGUGAAUCACUGCUGCCAAAGUAACUUCAAUAAAUCAAAU